UGCCCUACCCAUUCGUGCAAUGGAACAUCCCAUGCCACCGGGGUACGUUUGUAUAAAAUAGGUCACGUCAUUCAAACGACAUUUAACUUGUCAGGGGCUACCGAGAGGGCAGGAAGAGCGACGCAGGACCACCCAGCUUUCCUUUAGCCUCAUUCAACAAGGAGCGACAACACUGACAGACUUCCAGCAAUAUGGCGAAACUUAUCACUGUUUUUGGAGCAACAGGAACACAGGGAGGGGCUGUCGCCAACGCCCUUCUUGAAGACCAGGAUUUUAAAGUCCGAGCUGUAACGAGAAACGCCUCUAGCGACAAAGCUAAGGCACUGCAAGCGAAAGGUGCCGAGGUGGUUACGGCAAGUCUGGACGAUCCAAGCACGCUGGGACCUGCCCUGCAGGACGCACACGGAGUGUUUGUGUUGACCAACUAUUGGGAACAUAUGGACCAGGAGAGGGAAAUCAAACAAGGCAAGGCCAUAGCGGACGCCGCCAAAGCUGCCGGGGUUCUCCAUGUGGUGUUUAGCGGCCUGGAGAAUGUUCAGAAGAUCGCGGGGUUUCCCUGUCCUCACUUCGACGCCAAGGGGCAGAUAGAGGAGUACAUGACGUCCAUAGAACUGCCAGUGACAUUCGUCAGAUACUCCUCCUUCUAUGAGAACUACAUCUCUUCUCUAAAGCCACAAAAACAGAAGGACGGAACAUACGUUUUGGGAGUCCCGAUGGAGGGCGCUGCAAUGGACAUCGUCAGUGCAGCAGACAUGGGUCCUGCAGUUCGGACGAUCUUCAAGAACAGGGCUCAGUGGAUCCGCAAGGCUGUGGGCUUCAGCGGUGACAGAAUCACCAUCCAGCAGACUGCAGACAUUCUCUCCAAGCACCUGGCACCGAAGGUGUUCAAGGCCAGCGACAUGACAGCUGAGGCGUUUGCCCAGCUACGUUUCCCAGGAGCUGACGACCUCGGAAACAUGUUCAAGUUCUACCGACUUCACAACCCUGACCGUAGUGUGGAGCUGACCCGCCAGCUACACCCCGCCGCCAAGAGCUUCGACACGUGGGUGGCAGAGAACAAGGAGGUGCUGCAAAAAUCCCUGGACUAGCAAUUGUCCUCAGCGUCUGAAGACGUCUUCGUGGAUGUUCUUAUCCUGUGUCUUAACUUAACAUACUCAAGACACUCUAUACACUAAGAAGACAAGAAGGCAACAACAGUUGAAACUGCAUAUAGUAUUAGAAAUACAUCUUCUACCUUUCUUCAAGAGGAAGGUUGUACAAUAUAGGUAUAAUCAUCAUUCGUUCUAGGUCUUGUUACAUCUUGUUGGUCUUAUGACUAGAUGUUUCUUAUAUAUGAUUACAUAAAUUAUGAUUACUAUCAUAAUUACAUCUAACUAAUUAUGAAAUUAAUGACAUACUAUGAGCUAUGUAAUUAGAUCUAAAAGCCCAAAAUAGGAAAUAGAAUAAGGUCUCCAAGCAAAUACCUCAUCCCUUAUAAGUAGAUGUUCAGUUGAGUAAAAGAGCAAAGGUGUUAAUGGAAAACGUUAAAGAAUGGUAUCUACAUGCAUCCCUAGCCUACUCAAACAACCAAUCAGGUCAUAUGUAUUUUCCACCAUGUAGACUGUUCUUAAUCAUCAACGUUAGAGAAAGAUGCCAAUAAAGCAGUAAUGUUUUCAUAUUUA